AUGAAGAAGGCGGUUUGGAUAUUGUGUUUGGUGUGACUUGUGAUAGGGGGAAAGAAAGAAGGAGAAAUAAAAUGUUUGACAAAUGAUGGAUUUGAGUUAUACCAGAUUUGUAAGAAAUCUAUGGAAAGUUGAGAAGAAGAGUUUAAAAAGUACUUUAAUCAUACUGAUGAAUACGGCUGGAUGCCUACUUGUGAAUCAAUUGCACUUGGAAAUAUAAAGAAAACUAGCAAAAAUUUAGAAGAUUUAUGCGAAAUUCCAACUUUUCUUCUUUCAAUAAACUACAUCUUAACGCUUGAAAAUCAAGAGAACUUACUAAAAUAUCUAUGGGAGCCCUUACAGCUUAGAUACAAGCAUUGCUACAGAUCAAAUUCAAACUUCCAUCUUGAAGGAGGGUACAGAUUCACAAAGGACACUCCUAUUGAAUUUGAUGAUUACUACAUGACCAGCCUAGAGAUGAACUGAUGGAUGGCUGAAUACUCCAGAAUUCUUCAGAGUGUUAGUGACUACUUUACAAAGAGAGAUAUUCAAGUCCGAAGGCUAAAAGGGUUCGAGUAUGAUUUUCAUCAUCUUCUUACCAAAGAAGCCAUUUCCAAAUUCAACUACGACCAGAACCUCAAAGUGUUCACUUCUUUACUAGGCUACCAGCCUGUGAACAACACACAGUGUGAUAUUAAGGAUCCUGAAUGCUUGGAAAUGACUCCUUAUAGGCUAACUUUUGAAGAGAUUAGGUAUGAAAGCUUGUGUCCGUAUAUUUUUAACCUGACUGAUGAGAAGAUGGAUUUGGAGUUAUUAGAAUAUAUCACUAUUCAAGCUUUGCCAUCAUCAUAUCUACCUUACCUAGAGACUUACAUUUCAAAUCACUACCCCAACACUCCCAUCCAAGCCCAACUCAUCAAAGAAAUCACCAAAAGACACUCAUAAUUCAAUUUCCCACUAUCCC